AUGACUAUUUCAGCACCCGCUAGAAAAACCGACAAACCUGUGGAUGGUUCCACUCAGGGCCAGGGCGACAGUGUCAACCAAUCAAGCCAGCUAGCCGACAAGAUUAUAGCUGCUCUUAGGGUCCAGCUUGCCGCAAAGGACGAGCAACUUUUGGUGAAGGACGCUGUAAUCGCUGCAAAGGACGUUUGGCUUUCUGCCAAAGACCCACUACUUGCAACUAAGGAUGCCGAGCUUGCAGAAAUAUUUGUCAAGGUUGAGACUCUCACCGCAAGGGUGGCCGAACUGGAGACAAUUGCUCACCACCACCACAAAGAUAUUAGCACCGCUGAUACAGCCGAUCCCACAGUGUUGCAAUGUGUUGACAAGGACAUCACCACUUCCGAGGAUGAGCCUGUACAGCCAGAUGCCCAGCCGGCAGCUGUUGGCACAUCCGGUCCAGAUGCCGCCGACAACUCUAGCGAUGCCUGCAUCAUUAUGGAACUAUUAUAUUAUCCGAUUUGUGUCCCUACCCGCGUUGCCGUGGUGGAUUUUAAGGAGGACAAGUCAAAUAUCGAUUUGUGCCUUGUAAUUUCAUGCAUUCCAGCUGGCCAGCGUUCUGACAUUAUUGUGGCCUAUGGUGUGGAGUGCUCAGCCCUGGACGAUUUGGAUAAUUGGGCCUUUAAAAGCACAACUUCUUCAGUUGGCAGCAGCAAAUUUGUUGUUGGGCGGAACAAGUCAAAGUCCAGAGGUACUAUUGAUGAUCCUGUACUAAGAUGCGACAACAUCAAAUUCACGGUCUGCCAGACGAUAUACGACCCACUUGUAUUGCAGUUUGUCAACGUUGGUUCAAAGCAAUGGCUUGCUGGAGAAGUGAGCUUGACAACUCCACUGUACAAAAGCAUCAGUCGCCAGAGAAAGCUGGUCUUUGGCAAUGACUUUAGCAUUAGGGGUGAUGAGGGUCGCGUGAGUCAUGGACUGGGUGGCUUGGCUUGCAACUACAGACAUGGCAAGCUCAGAUAUUCGUGGGGCUGUUAUGAAUUGAAGAGAAAAAGACUUCAGGUCGAGGAUGCUUUUGAUACUUAUCGAGCCAAUUAUUGUUUGGAUAAAUCCAAAAAAUCUUAUGAUUCUGAUGACAACUCUUUCAAUGAGUCAGACACACGCCAAUAUAAUACCACAAAUGAAAGGGACUUUUACAACAGUUAUAUAACUGCCAUGCAGAAAUGGCUGAGGAAUGCUUGUCAGGCCGAUCAAUACUAGUUUAGCGAGUGUUUCGGUUAGGCUAUUUUCCAUCUUUUAACUAUCUUCAAA